GUUUAGAGUGCACGUUGUCGGGAGAAAAUUAUAGUCAGCGAAGUGUCCGUCUCUUGCGGCGAGCUGCACGGAAUGUUUCACUAAUAUAAUAUAUAUUUAUUUAUCCAACGGAAUGCGAUUACUCUGACGAAGAAGAGAGUUUCCAAUUGUCAGCGAUUUGCUACGACAGCGACAAAAUUGAAAAGACUGUGGAGAAAGAACCGCAAGUCGAGUGCACCCUGGCCAUAAUAAAGCCGGAAGCGAUAGUCUACAAAAUGGAGAUCGAGCGUCGAAUAUACACGGAAGGCUUCGAGAUUUGUCAGAGGCGUUGGCUUCAGCUUACACCCGAGCAGGUUUCACAAUUCUAUAACGAUCACUUCGGCGAGCUGAGUUUCCCUCAUCUGGUGGCGUACAUGUCCUCGGGACCCAUCAUAGUGUUCGUGUUGGCGAAGCUGAACGCCGUGGAAGAAUGGAAGAGGAUCAUCGGACCAGCCACGGUUACUGAAGCGCGUUUAUAUUUUCCCGACAGCAUCAGGGCGAGAUACGGUCGUAAAGGGGAUAGUUUUAAGAACGCUGUGCACGGCAGCUGCAAUCGCGAGCAGGCCGAGAAGGAGAUCCACUUUUUCUUUCCCGAAUUCAUAACCGAGCCGUUAUUAAAGAACGAGAUGGCUGAAGACUUUUUAUGGGAGAAUAUUAACCCGAUUCUCGCCGAAGGUUUAACUUUGUGUUGCAAACAGAGACCGGCCGAUCCUGUAUUGUGGUUGGCGCACUGGCUGAUCCUGAACAACCCUAAUAAACCUAAACUACCGAAGAAUCUCGCUUUAAUUCCGACAUAAUGUUAUUCAAAAUUCAUCUCGUGUGUUAUUCAUUUAAUUCUACACUUUAAUAUGAUAAGAAAAUUGCCG